ACUGGUGGCGCCGGGAGCCUCGAAUUUACUUCUGCCAUAGCCCAUAGCCAGGCCAGUUAAAGAACUCAAAUAUAUAAAUAUAUAAUGGAAGCUAAAAUGAGCGCCGCCAGCAGUAGCAGAAGGUGUGGUGUUGUGAGCGGAGCAAACAGAGGAAUAGGAUAUGAAAUAUGCAGACAGCUUGCUAAUGAAGGUGUGGUAGUAGUGGCCACUGCAAGGGAUGAGAAGAGAGGAAUGGAAGCUGUGGAGAAGCUCAAACACUCAUGUGGUGGAGAAGAUGAAGAUAGUAUUGUGUUUCACCAACUUGAUGUUGCAGAUGAAGUUAGCAUUUCUUGUCUUGUGGAUUUCGUCAAAACCAAGUUUGGGAAACUGGAUAUCCUGGUAAACAAUGCAGGUAUACAAGGGCUUAUUAUUGAAGGAGAUGGUUUAAUUCUUAAAGAGAUGAUAAUUGCAGAUGACUCACGAAUCAGUUCUGAGAAUGAACAAGUGUUGGAAACAGAGUUGAAAAGUGAUGGAGCACUCAUUGAAACUUAUGAGUUGGCUGAACAGUGCAUUAAAACAAACUACCAUGGCACCAAAAGAAUGGUUGAAGCAUUUCUACCUCUUCUCCAACUUUCCCAUUCCCCUAGAAUUGUCAACGUUUCCUCCACUCUGGGGAACCUAAAGCUACUAUCAAAUAAUGAAAUGGCUAGAAAGAUAUUGAGCAAUGGCGAAAGCCUAACAGAGGAAAGGGUAGAUGAAGUGGUGAAGGAAUUUCUAAAGAAUUACAAGGAAGGUCCAACCAUAGCACAAGCCAAAGGCUGGCCAAGAUAUGCCUCGGCCUACAAAGUCUCCAAAGCAGCAGUGAAUGCUUACACAAGGAUUUUAGCCCAAAAAUGUCCCAAUUUUCGCAUCAAUUGUGUGUGCCCAGGCUAUGUAAAGACUGAUAUGACUGUUCAUGUUGGCAUGUUCACCCCUGAGGAGGGCGCUGAAAAUAUUGUGAAGUUGGCUCUAUUGCCCGAUGAUGGACCGUCUGGCUUCUUCUUCUGCCAGAAAAAUGUUAUGGCUUUCUAGACUUAAUAAUGGAUGUAUUAGUAAUUACUACUAGUAAAGUAUUAAAGUGAGAUUUUAU